GCGGCUGUGAUGGCAGCUGCGGCCGUGAAGACGGUGGCGGCAGAAGCGGAGACAGUGGCGGCAGAAGUGGAGAUAGCGGCAGCAGCUGCUACAGGGGCAGCAGUGGCGGGUGCUGCAGUGGGAGCCGGUGGUAGCGGAGGCAUCGGCUGCUGCAGGGGCGGCGGCAGCGGCGGCGGCGGCGGCGGCGGCGGCGGCGGCGGCGGCGGCGGCGGCGGCGGCGGCGGCGGCGGCGGCGGCGGCGGCGGCGGCGGUAGCGGCAGUGGCAGCCAUGGCAGCAGCGGCAGUGGCUGCGGCAGAGACUGCAGAAGCAGUGGCGGCAGCGGGCGGCAGCUGGUUGCAGCGGGCGGCACGUAAGAAUAAUGAGCUUCGGGUAUU